AUGGCCGGACGACGUGCCGAGAUUGAGGCGAAGCGUGCGAAGCUCGCCGAGCUCCGUCGAGCGCGCGAAGAGCGCGAGGAAAAGGCGCGGCAGCGCCCGGCACCGCCGCCGCCGUCGGUCGACGAGCUCGUCGCAUCCCUGCUCGCCAGCUCGCGUCCCGAGGCGCCGACGGCGGCGGCGGUGCCGGCGGCGCCCGUCCAAGCGCCCACUCCUGCCCCGGCGGCAGCAGCACCCACCUCGCCUCCCGCCCCGGCACCCUCGUCUACACCCGCUGACGCGCCUGUCGGCGCGCCGCCGCCCGCACGAGAUACCCCGAUACCCGAGCGACUCCUCUACACCAAGCAAGUCCAAACCGACGCGCUCGACGAGCCGAUCGCCGCGCCUGCCGUCGCCACCGAGGCCCCCGUCGCCGCCGCCGCCGCGCCCAUCGCCGUCGAGACGCGCGCACGGCAGCCCGUGCAGCCCGACUUUGUCGACUUUGUGCACGCCAAGACCAUGGUCAUGGAGCGCAUGCUCGACGAACCGUACAACGUCUUGACCGACUACACACACGUCCCUACCGACGCACCCGAGCGCCCAUCGAUGCACCUCGUGCGCACAUUCUUCGACGAUACCCUGCUCGCCACGCGCGCCGUCACGGACGUCGACUGGUCGACGCACCACCCCGAGCUCGUCGUCGCCUCGUACAACCGCAAGCGCGUCCUCCGACACGAAGACGACCACGACGGCCUCGUCGCCGUCUGGAACCUGCAUGUGCGCGACCGCCCCGAGAUGGUGUUCACAGCCCCCAACGACGUCGUGUCCGUGCUCGCGUCGCCCUUCCACCCCCACCUCUUCGUCGGCGGCACGUUCGGCGGCCAAGUCCUCCUGUGGGACGCGCGGCAGCGCGGCCUGCCCGUGCAGCGCACGCCGUGGGCCUUUUCGUCCGGCGGCACGCACGCCGCACCCGUUUAUGCCCUGCGUAUCGCCGGCUCAGCGCACGCGCACCACCUCUGGAGCGCAUCGACGGACGGCCUCGUCUGUACGUGGUCGCUCGACAUGCUCGCGCGCCCGCAGGAAACCAUCCCACUGACGAAUCCCAUGCACCCACGCAGCGCGAGGAUGCACGUCACGUCGAUCGACGCCGCGUCGCACGACCCAUCGCGCUUCUUCGUCGCGACCGACGAAGGCAACGUGUUCGACGCCCAGCGCGUCGACCGCGCCGGCCUCCAGGCAGGCCUCGACACCGCCCGCGUCUACGUCGGCCACUCCGCGCCCGUCACGCGCCUCGAGACGCACCCCACCCACAUGCUCGACGAGCGCCUCCCCGCGUCCAUCGCCGAUCUCUUCCUCACCGCCAGCAUGGACGCCACGACCGCCGUGUGGCAGCCCGCCCAAACGCCCGCCGAGCCCCGCGUCUUUUACCCCCACGCCCAUCCGCGCAUCGCGACCAACACCCGCACGAAUCCACUCGCGUUCCGGCACGCCGCCUGGGCACCCAUCACGCCCCUCGCGCGCUUCGAGCACGCCCACGACUACGUCAUGGACGCACGCUGGCACCCACACCACCCCGCCGUGUUCUGCCAGGCCGACGCCGGCGGGCACGUCGACGUCUACCACCUCACCCAGCACACCGAGCGCCCCGUCCUCAGCGCGCGCGUGCCCGGCGACCGCGGCGUGCAUCGCGUCGCCUGGGAACGCCGCCGUCCCACCGCUACGCGCCUCGCGGCCGGCGGCAUGGACGGUCGUCUGCACGUGUACCAGGUGCCGGAGGCGGCCGUCCACGUCCGCGGCGACGCGGACGUCGCUGAGAUGGAGCGCCUCUUGUCGCGCUGGCAUGGCUAG